AUGGGUAUCAACGUUUUGUGGUCGGCCCCUGAGGUCAACCCCAUCAACAAGAAGGCUCGCUCCAUUCCUGUCCUCAAUCCUAUCAACAACUAUGGACGUGUGUUCUUCUUCUCAUGGUUCGGCUUCUUGUUGGCAUUCUGGUCCUGCGAUGUCAUUGCCAAGGACUUGAAACUCACCAAGCACGAAAUCGCCAACUCCAACAUCAUCGCUCUGACUGCCACUCUCCUCGUUCGUCUGGUUGCUGGUCCUGCUUGCGAUCGCUUCGGUCCUAGAUACACAUUCGCUGGAUGCUUGCUUGUUGGUGCUCUCCCUACCUUCCUGGCUGGUACCAUCUCAAGCGCUGCUGGCCUCUAUGUCAUCAGAUUCUUCAUCGGUAUCCUUGGUGGCUCUUUCGUGCCUUGCCAAGUAUGGACAACGGGCUUCUAUGACAAGAAUAUCAUCGGUACUGCCAACUCAUUGACUGCCGGUCUUGGUAACUCUGGUGGUGGUAUCACUUAUUUCGUCAUGCCCGCCAUCUACAACUCGCUCUGGUCCGACCGCUUCCAAGUAGCCGAGACCAACCUCCGCUCCCAUGCCCUCGAAGGCGCCAUUGUUGAUGUUCCUGGUACUGGUGAGAUCACCGCCGAGAAGGCUAGAAAGGAAUCCUCCCGCUCACCAUCUACCUCCGACGUCGCCAGUGAAGAGAAGAAGCUCGAUGAGAUGCGCGGCACUUUCGCCGACAACGAGGCUCAGAUGGGUGAAGAACAAAUGGUCGAUACCGUCCGUGGUGAAGUUGUUCAGAAGCCUUCGUUCAAGGACGCCUUGCCUGUUGUCUUCUCACCUCAAACCCUUGUGCUUGGUCUCUGCUACUUCUGCACUUUCGGCUGUGAGUUGUCGGUAAACAGCAUCCUUGGAAACUACUACACCGCCAACCUCAAGCUCGGUCUUCAAGAUUCUGGCAACUGGGCCGCAAUGUUUGGGUUGAUGAACAUUGUUUUCCGCCCGCUAGGUGGCCUGGCCUCAGAUUACGCAUACAGGGCGGCGGGACCUUGGGGCAAGAAGGUCCUGCUCCACACCUACGUUACUCUCACUGGCAUGUUCAUGGUCAUCACCGGCGCUAACGGCCUCAACUACUCGCUUGUUCCUCACGUGCACCCUCACGCCAACGGUCUCGUCUCAGGCGUUGUUGGCGCCAGUGGUAACCUCGGCGGUAUCAUCUUCGCCAUUAUUUUCCGUUACAGUGUGGAAGGCAAGACGACUUUGUAUGGUCGCAGCUUCUACACUAUUGGUGCUAUUAUGAUGGGUAUCGGUCUUUUGACCGCUUGGAUCAGACCUGUCCCCAAGGGUCAGAUCGGCGGCCGUUAG